CUUUUUCUUUGCUUCUCUUUCAUCUUUCUUCAUUCAUUCUCAUUCACUAACCCUCCCAGGCUCAUCAGGGUCGAUUUUUGUUUAUCUCUUACACCCACAUAUUACAUCUCAUUCAUUUCAUAGCCAUGGAUCGUCAUCCUCGUCCAACAUUUGUCGGUGAUUCGAUUCACGGACAGAGUAAGGACACUCUGAUGAAACUACACCAGAAGCGGCUUGAAAAGACCAUCAACGAGUCCUUAACCAUGGUUGACAACGACAAGGCCACUGCUGAAUUAAACCGACAGCAGCAGCAGCGAGCCCAUAAUAAAAAGAAGAAAAAGUUCUAUCAAUGGAUCCAACGUGACUCUCAAGCCCAGCGUGAUAAGAUAGGUCUUCCUGGCAGCCGACGCCGACAACGGCACGACAAUGACAAAUUUGUGUACCAUCCGCUCGCUGUGCUCUAUCAGGUUGACCUGCCUUUCCCAGGGUAUAACCACGAUGUACCCUCUUUCCAUUGGAAGUAUGACGCCACGAUUGAGUCUCUGAUCAGUAACAAUCCUCCUUCCUCACUGCGCUCCAAGCUAUCCUCAGUUGCAACGACUGAUGAUGUUCCCGUUACAUCUGCUGGUCCUAUGAUUGGUCAUCAUCUAUUGACCAGAGCCCAACGUAAAGAUAUCAAAAAGGCCCAUGUCCCACAGGGUAUCGUCAUGCAAUAUGAAGGUGAGCUCGUCAGCUUUUUAAACCAACUCACGCUUUCUGAUAACGACGAGCGAUGUGAAAUUGAGGAAGGUGGCGUGGAGCAGGACAGUGAUUUUGAAUCAUCAUCUGAGCAAGCUGACUGGGUUUUUGUUCAGCCAUCAAUCCGGGACUCUUUAGAGCUGAAGGAUUCAUCUUCUGUAAGAAUGACAAAUGUGAAGGAAAAAAAUUUGGAACCAAAUGCGGCUUUUCAACAGAAAGACGAUGAGCGGCCGCAGAUCUACCUUCGGUGGGACAUUCAAGAUCAGUUUUUACGAUUUGUGGCUCAUGCGCUUUGCGCGUUCUAUGGUUUGAUUUCCUUCAGUAAAACUGCAGUGGACGGCAAACGCUUGGUCUACAUUUGCCAUCCUACUCACUUGGAUUCGAUUGGCGAAUUAAGCAUGGCUCCUGCUCCUGCCGCGUCUUCUACGCUAGGAUCUUCCGCAACUAAAUCGAUCCGUCCAAAGCCUCUUAAACGGCAAAACACCUUGGAACAUGUUCAAGAAAUGCCACUUUACGAGCUGGACCAGCUCUGGAAUAAGAUUGAGCCCAUCAAGAUUGCAAAUUGUCUGAGACCGGAUAUGACCUUUUUUGAGUAUCUUUAUCCUUCUACGCGACCAAUAUUCUCAUAAGUGGGAGCCAUGCUAUGCUUAUUCAUUAUUAGUUAUUUAAACACGUCAGCUUCAUGAUAGAGGGCCUUGACCAUUAUUUUUGUGUGUAGAAACGCU